UCAAGCUACAGGUGGCUACGUCUCAUUAGCUGUGAAAAUAGUGUGUGUUAUGCGGCUCUUCAUGCAAAAACAAACAUAGCUUUAAUUUAAAAGUCCGGGAAUUCAACGUGUUUCUAAGGUCGCUGGGACUGUUGAUGAGAACGCCGUAUUUUCUGAGCUCGACACAUCGGGUCUGAAACUGUUGCUGAAGGCGCACUGUUUGACAGCCAUGGAAGCAACGUUACUUUACCUCUGACAGUGACAACAGUGGCUUUUUUAAGCAAAUGCCCACAAUGGCUUCUGUUUUGGAAGAUCCAACCCUAGAGCGCCACUUCAAGGGGCAUACAGAUACCGUCACCUGUACCGACUUCAGUCCAAACCGCAAACAACUGGCCUCAGGUUCAGUGGAUAAAUCUCUGAUGAUCUGGAAUCUGGCUCCAAAGGCCAGAGCUUUCCGUUAUGUCGGCCACCAAGACCUGAUCACUGGGGUGCAGUUCUCCCCCUCCGGUCACCUGGUGGCCACUUCCUCCAAGGACAGGACGGUCCGACUGUGGACGCCCACCAUGAAAGGAGAGUCCACAGUGUUCAAAGCCCACACGGCGCCUGUACGCAGCGUUGCUUUCUCCCACGAUGGACAGCGGCUGGUGACGGCGUCGGAUGAUAAGUCGGUCAAAGUGUGGAGCGUCCACCGGCAGUGCUUCGUCUACUCGCUCACCCAGCACACCAACUGGGUGCGCUGCGCCAGGUUUUCUCCAGAUGGGCGUCUGAUAGCGUCGUGUGGAGACGACCGCACCGUCCGGCUGUGGGACACGUCCACCAAACACUGCAUCAACUGCUUCACCGACUCUGCAGAAUCGGCCACGUUUGUUGGUUUUAACUCGAGUGGAACAUGCAUCGCGUCCUCGGGAGCCGACAGUUCACUGAAGAUCUGGGAUCUCCGGACCAACAAGCUGAUUCAGCACUAUCAAGUCCACAGUGCAGGGAUCAACAGUUUUUCCUUCCACCCGUCCAAUAACUUCCUGAUCAGCGGCUCCAGCGACAGCACAGUGAAGAUCCUGGACCUGGUGGAGGGGCGCCUCAUCUACACCCUGCAUGGACACAAGGGCGCUGUAAUCACAGUAGCUUUUUCCAGGUCAGGAGACCAGUUUGCCUCGGGGGGGGCUGACGGAGAGGUGCUGAUGUGGAGGACAAACUUUGACAGGAAGUCGUACCAGGACGUCCUGCAACAACACAGUCGGAGGUCCACACCAGACCCUGCACCCCACCUGACUGACAUCCACCCGAGGACCCCCCACCUGCACCGCCAGCAGCCCUCAGGCAUUCAGAUCAGUCCAGCAGUGACAGACACUCAGUCCAUUGAUCCAGACGUCAUAGAGUUCGGCCAAUCGGUUCACAGCACCACGGUGCUGGUCGGGUCCUCGGCUCCGCCUGACAAGAUAGGGGAGUUAGCGAGAGCUCCGAAAGUGCUUAUGCUGGUGUAGAAUGACAGCGGUUAAGAAUAAUCCGGGUGCAAAUAAUAUGUGAGGGUGUAGACAUCAUAGCGUUAAGUGGCAG